UCGAGUAAGACAACAGAUGUCAUUCAAAUUAAACGGCAAAAUAAAACAUUUAAUCUAGCUAUUUUAACUCUUCAAAAGAAUGAAACAGUUUUUCACUGACAGCUGAUAUUGAGUCUUCACGUUCCCAUAUCAACCACUGUUCAUCCCACCCCCGUGCGCGUGUAGCACCUGCCCAAAGAAUCAGCAUCAGAUACGGCAUUUAUUAUUUAAAAUGCUCAAGAUGACCCUGCACUAUAGGCUUGAGAAACUAGACAGAGCCUUCAUUGUAGCCUACCUUCCCAAUAGGCUGAAAUGUCAUCCAUAAGACAGCCGAGAGGAGUGCGCAAAGGAGUGCAGAAACUAAUGGGACAAGCAUAAAAAAAAUGAAUAGAGAAGCGCGGAGCAGGUUUGAUGGAGCGUCAGGUGGGGACGCAGAGGAUAUGGACGGAGAAGAUGACGCUCACAGUAGACAUUCAUCAGUGCUGUGGGAAAGACACAUUGAGCAAAGUAUAUUUGUGGAUAUCAGUGAUGAUGACAGCUUGCAUUUUAGCGACAUGGAGGGCGCCUUCACUGUUCACCUCUCACAGAACACUGGCGCAGGUGCACCCGACAGCCCGAGACUCACUGAUAAUGCAGAGCUGUCAGAGUCUUGUGAGACUGAAGAGGGCUCAUCAGAGAGUGUCGAAUCAGUCAAUAGUGAACGCACAGAGCCUUCAAACACCAGAAACAGGAUUGGAAAAGUAAACAUGGCGUCAAUGCAGAAACUCAAAACUGCAGUAAAGCCAAUCAUUGGAACACAUGAGGAUGAUGCUGUCAACACCAGUGACGAAGAACAUGAAGAGCUCCCAUAUGAUGGUACGCACACCAACAACAAAACAGAGACGAAUUUAAAAUCAUCUCCAUGUGAAAUGGUUUCUGUGAUGUCCAGUCAGGCUUUCACUACACUUGAUAAGUUUAGUAGGCAAAUUGGUAAUGCAAAAGAAACAGAGGCUUGCCAUUCUAAUCUUACUCAUGCUCUUCUAUCUAAUCAUAAAGCAAUAGAGGACAUGGCUCCUCUCUUAGCCACACCUAUUCAACCUGCAAACCACAUCACUGACUUCCUUCUCAGACACUUCUCCCAGGAGGAGCUGCUUAACUCAAGCAGGAUCAUUGAAGCAGAGACCCUACCUGAGAUGUCUUUGAUGGACAGCAUUGAUGAAACCGUGUUGAGUAGAGCUUCUCGGGCUCCACAGGUCGGCAUAGGAGAGAGAGAGAAGAUUCAUGAUGUGAUGGAGGAACCUGAUCCCAGCACUUCUGGAAGUCAGGGACUGGUUGAAAUAAACAUUCCAGAUGAGUCGAGCUCAUCUAAGAAACCUGGAACGACUUGUAUGAUUGACGAUGAUGAUAAAGAAUGUCCUAAGCAGAACAGCAGUGCUAACUCUCCAGAUCUAUCUAAAGCAGAUGCACAGAAUCCUAAGUGCUCCUUCAGCAGGACCAGGUCCUACAAUGAGCUGAAAUACGGACAGGGAAAGGUGCAUUACCCUCUACCAGACUUCUCUAAAGUGGCACCUAAAGUCAAAAUACCAAAAGGUAAUGGAAGCGUUAAACCCGUCAACCAGUCACCAGCAAUGACCCGAGCCCAGUCUUCCCCAGGCAUUCUGGGUAAAUCCAGCUCCUCUUGUAAAGCUACAGCAGAUAUCAUCAGCAGGGUUUUAGAGGACUCCAUGCCACCGGAGAAGCACAAUGUGUUUACAGACAAGGAAGUAGCGCAUCAGUUACAGGCUGAAUAUGACAGAUUGCUCGCUAAAUACACAGGAGCUGAAAACCUAAUUGGUCAGCAGAUUCAUGCUUCCAGUGAGCCGUCUGUGUCCAUCGACUGGAACGAUGCAACUAGCAACAAUGACAAAACCAAAUUGACAGCAAAUAUCCCACAAGCACCAGCCGCAGGUCCAAGUGAGAAGGAGUUUCUUCACAACUCUGUCCCUGUGCUGACUGAAUCAGAGAGCCCGACAGAUGGAGAAAGACUAACCUCUGAGCUCAGAGACAUCAUCAGAUCAUUUACGCAGAAGGUGGAUGAAUUCAAAAGAUGUGUCACCACCAUGUCAAUGAAUGUGGAGGAGCAACAGAUGUUGCUGAAGAGCAUGAUGGAGGCCCAGGAUCAGCUGGAGAGGAAUUACCUCACAAAGAGGGAGGAGCAUCGUGCUCUGGAGAUGCAGAACUACAGGGGUCUAGCCAGAAACACAGGAGACUUUGACCCUGACAGGGAGGUCGAGGGGCAGAUUUUCAGGAUAGGCAUGCACCUGGAGGACAUAAAAGAGCAGAUCGACAGAAACGUCUGCCAUGUUUACAAUCCUCCUUCGUCAUCCUCCACUCCAUCUCCUCCUCCUUGUGAAAAUAUCCCUCUCUCAUCAUACCAUCCAUCACUACAUGAGGAGUUGGUCUUCAGCAUCUCCUCAGUCAGACACAACAUGGAGGACAAUAAUGAUGAUGAAGAAGAGGCCAAUGAAGAUCACAGAGCUGACGAGCCCUUUCCUGGCUGCACAGAAAACAGCUUCUAUCUACAGUAUUCCACCUUCUCCACUGAAACGCCCGGAACUGCCAACGAGGAAGAGGAGGACAGACUAACAACAAGAGAGGAAGACAACAUCCUGGCACAACUGUCCAACUCAACUCCAUUAAAGAAGCUGACAUACGAUAGGUACGAAGAGAAGAUUAGACCCACUGAAGCCUCGUCUGCUGGACACUCUCCUCAGCCAACCACAGACAAAACACAGAGAUUUUUAAGUCCAGAAACUGACAGCGGCUUUGGCAGUUUUGACCUGAGCCGACCAAACACAGGACUGUCCAGAACACCUCCUGGUGCUGCGAAUUCUGCUCUCUCAGAUGAUGUCAUAAGCAUGGCGAGUAUGAGCGGUCCGGACAGUGAAGCCUCACACUCCAAUGUACGAACAACUAUAUCAAUGGCACCAAGACCCGUGCAGCCCACAGUGACUCACCUGGAAUUUGUACAGCUGGUUCCUCCAGGCAUGGAAGCAAAACCCAUUACCCAGAACACAACUGUUGCAGUUUCAAAAGAGGAUGUCGCAUCAGUAGGUGUCGCCACUCCCACGCAUAACCAGGCCACUGAAGGAAGAAAAGACAUUCAGCUGGGAAAGAGCCAUUCUGCAAAUGAGAUGCACUCAGCAUCACACUGUUCAUGUCACAAUAGUGAGGUUAUCCUCGCACUGCAGUACGAGGUCUCUCGCCUGAAGAGGGCGCUAGAGGAGAGUCUUGGUCACCUGCCUCAUGCGAGCAAGAGGACUGAUCAUCUGAAUGGCAGGUGUCCGUUGGAGAAGAAGCACAAGGGACAGACCCGUGGCCAGAACAGAGCCGGCUCCAGCAGACGUGCAAAGACAGACUCAACCCCUCAGAAGAUUGAGGACUGGAUCUCUUCUGAUAUGGAGCUCAGCAAGAGCAGAGUUACAGAUGGUAAAGAUUCAGACCACACCACAAGUUUCCAGAGCACCUUUAGUCCACCUUAUGGACAAAUACGCACCCGCUUUGGUGCUCCUGCUGAGAAGAGGUCACAUGACUCCAAAACAUCAUCCAGGGCCUCAGCGGAGAGCUUUCCUUUGGACACAUCUCAGUUCAGCCUGUCUGGAAGCCAUCGGAGAGCAAGCGUUGGGCCAACGAUCCACAGCAUCAAAAAUGAGCCAACCAACAAAAGUGCCAGUUACAGACCUACAGUGGGAAACUUUAGGAAUAUCUUCUUAAAUAGCUCACAUCCUGCCCCUUCUUUUCCUGCUCAUCUAUCCCAUAAGCCUCUGCUGCAGGUCAACUAUGGCUCAUCCUGUAGUCUACCUGCCGGGUACAAAGUGCGAGAUGAAGCAUCUGAACCAGUGUCCAGUAGGAGGCGCUCUACUCAAUCUGACACAGCACUGCUUCCCAGUAAUGUCUUCUUUCAACGGACCUCGCCUCGGACUACUGGAAGACGACACCACACCAGCAGAGAGGAAUCAAUACAUAAGACGCUGGACAAGGCCCUGCAGGCAGCUUUUGUAAUGAAGCAGACCACGGACAGGAUGGCGGACGCUCUCUCUGCUGACCUGGCCAAGGCUCAACUCCAGAGGAAGUUACAGGGCCUGCGUCCUCUCAGCAGCAGAGCGGGCAGCUAACUGCUCUGGAAUUCACUCUUUACAGACAACAACCAUGACAUUAAAUUACAGUAUGAAACCUUUCAUACAUGCUUUUACACUUCGGUUUAAUAGUGUCCUGGCUUUUGCAUUAUCAUCAAAAAUAAAAAUUGCUGAAAAAACUGUAUUUUUCUAUUUGUAAUAGUGAUCAAUAGUGGGCAGAAUAGUACUUCUCAAUGU